AUGGCCCAAGCACUGAAGACCAAGGGUAACGAGCUCUUCAAACAGGGUGAUUUCAGCGGUGCCGAGGAUCUAUACUCCCAAGCUAUUCUUAAAGAUCCGCACGAUCCUACCUUCUUCACCAACCGUGCCAUUACACGCAUCAAGCUCGCCAAAUGGGCAGGCGUCGAACAUGAUGCUCGCGCCGCGAUCGAUAUCUACGGCCUCAAGAACAUUGCUACUCUCAAAAGCUCAUACUACCUUUCCCAGGCGCUCCUCGGUCUCCAACGACCACAGGAAGCAUACGAUGUUGCUGUGGAUGCGUACCAGCUUAGUCUUACGGAGAAGAACGUUCAAACGGAGAACCUGUCGCGGGCUGUGUUACGGGCAAAGCAGCAGAUCUGGGCUGCUAAGGAGACGUCGCGAUUGCGGGAGAUGAACGAGACGCUGAAGAAUGUCGAGGAGCUUAUUGAGAAGAAUUUGGAGCGCUCAAUUGCUGAAUCCAAAGCGCAACUUGAUGCGGGAGAGAUUGGGGAUAUUGGCUUCGGAGAGGAUUGCAAGGCACUGCGGGAGGAUGCGGAGAAGAUGAUUCAGGAUGUGCGGGAGGCAUUCCGUGUUGCUUCAAAGGGAGAGGUGCAAGAACGGGUUGUACCUGACUAUCUUGUUGAUGGGAUCACGUUUGAGAUCAUGCAUGAUCCUGUUAUUACACCAUCUGGCACCAGCUUUGAUCGUAUUGGCAUUGUGAAGUAUGUGGAGAAAGCUGGCGUUGAUCCACUUACUAGAGCUCCUAUGACUGUCCAUGACCUGCGCAACAACUAUGCUCUCAAGGCGGCUUCGGAAGAGUUCUUGACUAAGAACGGUUGGGCAGUGGACUGGUGA